GAGAUUCGCCGCCACGUGGGAGGAAGCGUCGCCGUCGGGCUUCCGAGUCUUGCUCGAUCGAAGGAUGCGUUCGGGGCGGGACGCCCAAUGCGUCAAAAACCUAUUAAUAACUCGAGUCGCGAGGGGAACGAUGCCUCACCUUCUUCUCAGCCAUCCUCCUCCCUCCUCCACUUCGCCGGGAGUUGAAUAAGAGAAGAGGGCAGGGCAUCGUUGCGAUGCCCAACCUCCAUUUUCGUUGGAUGCAUUCACAUUAGGUGUAGUUUUUCUUCUCCGGCAGCCCGUGUGCAUUUGUUCAAGAAUUGAACAUCACAAUGGGCUCAUGCACAUCAAGGCCAAGCAGCAGACCGAGGUCUCAUAAGUACUCCCAUAGGUCCAGGAAACGAAUUGGAAAGAGUCCGUAUCCACUACCUGAAUUUUCUGUGAGUAAUUUUGUUCAGGUUGAAACUGCUGGAAAAAGACGGCGAAAAUCAGUUAUUUCAAAUUUGAAAUUCCAUCUAACUCAGUUGCAAUGGCAUCACACUCAAAUGGAUAUUCAUGGCAUAUGUCAGGAGGCAUGGUUUGACUCUGCCAGUAUAAUUGAGUCUGACAGUGAUGACGAAUUUAUCAGCGUUGAUGGAGGUAACACACCAACUGAAAAAAAGGAGGCUGAGAUGUUACAAUAUGAAAAUGUUUCACGAGUUGUUGAUGCACUGCGCAAGUUGGAUGAUCGUAGUGGUACUCCAAUGACAUUGGCUGUGGAAGAAUAUCUGAAAAGAGAAGGUAAAAUAGAGAAAAUAUCCUGCAAAGAUGAUGAAAAAGAUGACAAUUGUGCAACUAUCAGACCAUUACAUCAUGAAUUUACUGCUGAUAGUGUCAGUAAGAUGUCAAACGCAGAAGUUUCUACAUGGAAGAAAGGGCUUUUAGUAAAUUCUUAUGGUAGCUUUAAAGGUUUGAAAGACAUACAUGAUACCGAAGAACAAUCAAUUGUGAACAAGAUGCAGUCCCAUUUGAGCAGAUUAGUUUCUUCAUUGAGUUUUAACGAUAAGAUCUAUCAAAUGAGUACUCUUAGUCCAUCACAGCAAACGAGAAAAUCAACUGUUAUCAGGCUUUCUUACUGCAAGAGGGCGUCUUGCGAAGGAGAAGCAACUACAGAGUUCUGUUCCGCUAAGAAAUUCUUAGUUCGUCCAAAAGGAGGGUUAGUGAUUCCAAGAUCCCCAGGGGAGAAGCCAACUGCAGGAUGCUGGUCCUUUCUUGAUCCAUCAACUUUUGAACUUCGUGGAGAAAGCUACUUCAGGGAUAAGAAAAAAUAUCCUGCUCCAAACUAUGCACCAUAUUAUCCAAUCGGUGUUGACCUGUUCAUGUGCCCAAGCAAAGUAAAUCAUAUUGCUCAACAUAUUGAACUUCCCCAAGUCAAGACGCAUGCAAAACUUCCUUCACUUUUGAUUGUUAAUAUUCAGGCAUGA